CAUCAUCAAUAAGCCAAUACCCUCCUAUACUUUACACUCAUUAACAUAAAACCAUGUUGCGAACAAUCACGCCAAGGAACGCUCGUGUGAAGCGAGUGCUAAAGAACAGAGAGGCCAAGACUGAAGAAAACAUCAAAACCGCUAUUUUUGUCCGCGGAAGUCAAACUAGUCAAAUUGUCAAUAAUGCUCUUGCCGACCUUUACAUGCUCAAGAAGCCCCAUGCCAUUAACUUCACAAAGAAAAAUGAGAUUCACCCUUUUGAAGAUCAAUCCAACCUACAAUUCUUUUCGCAAAAGAACGAUGCUUCACUUUUCGUCGUUGGAACACACUCAAAGAAGCGCCCCCAUACCCUUACUUUCGCCCGCAUGUUUGAUCAUCAGCUUUUAGAUAUGAUCGAAGUCUCUAUUCAACAUGGAAUCCCAAUGAAGGACAUCAAGACUCCAAAGAGCGCCAUUGGAAUGAAGCCCUGCUUCUUGUUCAACGGAGACGUUUGGGAACAGAAUCCUCACUAUAUUAUGUUCAAGUCAAUGCUUCUGGAUUUCUAUCACGGACAAACGGUUGAUAAAGUGGCACUAGCAGGGUUGGAAUAUGUUAUUUCGGUCACAGCGGGGCCGUUGACUUCAGAGGGCAAACCUGGAAAGAUUUACUUGCGUACAUACACAAUCCAAUUGAAGCGCUCAGGAGUGAAGCUACCUCGUAUUGAGCUUGUAGAGAUGGGGCCAAGUUUGGACAUGACAUUUGGUCGCAUUAUGGAAGCUAAGCCCGAUGUCUGGAAACAGUCUAUGAGGGUACCUAAGGAGCUCAAGCCCAAGAAGAAGAAGAAUGUCAGCAAAGAUGAAAUGGGUGACACUAUUGGUCGUAUUCACUUGGGUAGGCAAGACUUUGACAAGAUUCAGACCCGCAAGAUGAAGGGACUGAAGAAGAGAACAUCAGAGGACAAAGAUGAGGGCUCAUCGGAUAAGAAGCAACGUGUCGAUGAUAGCGAUGAUGACGAGUAAAGUAAAGGGAGUUAGAAAAACUAAGGGAGACGCCAAUGAAACGGACGUGUUAUAUUGUAGUCAAUGUCAGCAUUUUUCAUUAUCUUUUUAUUUUUUUUUAUUUUUUUUUGCCUAUUUGCAUGUAAUAAAACCUAUAUAUAUCAUUAUUCCUAG